AUGGCUACAUCAGAAACACCAAAAAUUGAUCAUGGCCGGUCUCGGCCAAGACAACAUGCAGCUGCUACAGAGUCCGUCGCUAUUUCGUCUAUGAAUAUCUCUUCAAAUCCGAACGAAGCGAGAUCACAGGCGCCUGCACCGAUUGCUCGAGGCCGCGCGCAUCGUUUUAAAGGGAGAUCACAGGUACUUUCUGAACCGCAUAUUACUGUUACCAUCGGUACUGAUGAUGCUUCUUGGAAAGUAUCGGAAUUAACCGCUGCUAGAUUUAACACACAUAUUCGUCCAUCAAAGCCGCAGGAAUUGGGACAAGUUGGCACACGAAUGAAUUUUGAAAGCAAUCUCUAUGCGGUAUUAAAAUUUCCAGUGGAGGGACUCGUCUAUCAAUACUACUUCCAUAUGGAAACUCGACAGAAGAUAGAUGUUCCCCGUGAUCGACGCCGAAUAUUGUACGAAUCAUGGCUGAGUCGCUAUCUUGCGAAGCACGAGCAAGUUAAGCGCGAGAUAAUAGCCUUCGAUAAUCAAAAUACCAUGAUUACAUUCGGUGAACCAUUGCCCGCAAUUGAUGAAUUUGGAAUCAAAGAAAGCAUCAAAGCACCUAAUCGAGCCGGUCGUUUUCAAGAAUAUCAGAUUACUGUGAAACGAGUGGGUGACGUAAUUGAUCUGAAAACUCUUGCUAUGCUUGAAGAAGUUCAUCAACCGCGACAUGAUAAUAAUCUUGCUCCUGUUCAACUGCACAGUAUCAAGCAAGUCUUGUCGAUCGCAACGCACGAACGUUGUUCAUCAGAUGCCCAUUUUAUUUACAAUCGAACAUUUUUCCGAGAACCAGUUGUACACGAUAGACACGGCCAUUGGGACUUGAGUUUAGGCAAAGCACUGUGGCGUGGUUUUUAUUCUUGUCUUGUGUUUAGCAAAGGCACUCAUCAAUUACUGAUGAAUCUUGACAUUAGUCAUGCAGUUUUUCAAAAAAGGCAACCAUUUCUUGAAUUUCUUUGCGAACUUUUGCGAUAUAGUCCAUGCGGUCAAUGGUAUAAUAAACAUUCAAGUCAUACUCAUGCGGUGACGAUGUCCAGUGCUGUACAAUAUCUAGAUUCGAAUGAGAAUGCUGAGUAUUACGAUGGUGAAAUUGAAUAUUUAUUACAGUAUUGUAAACAUCUUUCCGUUCGAUCAAAUUCGGCGAAUAGAAAAAUUGGUUACACUAUCCAUGGUUUCGGUAAAUCUGCGUCCACUCAAACAUUUGUGUGGGAGCAAAAAAACAACGAAUCGAUAACAGUGGAAAACUAUUUCAAGGAGAGAUAUGGAACCAAGCUAGAAUACCCAUCGUUACCUACAGUAGAAAUGCAAAAGAAAUCAUAUGUUCCCAUGGAGCUCCUUGAAACUAUACCAGUACGAAUACGAAAAAUCACCGAUGAGCAACGAGCAAUGCUUUGUCUGAAAUCUUCUAUGCUGCCACGGGAUUAUUCUAAUUCCAUCAAUACAAUUCGUCGUACUUCAGAACAACAAGAAUUUGAACAAGAUCCAUUUAUUAAGGCAUGGCGACUUAAAAUCGACACUCGAAUGCUCACAGCACCUGCACGUGUUUUACCUGGCCCCAUAAUCAGUUAUAUCAGAGACGCUGAUAGAUCUUAUGUCCACGGUUCAUCAACCAGCGUCUGGAACAAUACUCAGGACGAAUUCUGCGAGCCUAUGAAUUUCCCAGAUGUAUGGGGAAUCAUUAAUUUAUCGAUAUUGAAUGAGGCUACUUGUGUGCAAUUCUACGAAGAGCUAAGGAAUGUGGCUAAUCACCGGGGUAUGAAGUGUUGUAAUCCUACGAUUUAUGAAGAGUACAACAUAAUGCAAUACUCAAUAUCAAAUAUGAUUUCGUCAGUUCAUAGCUUAAUGACAAAGAAGAACCAAUGUAAAUUCUUCAUUGUUCUCUUACCGGCCGAUGGCAAAAUCAGAGAUCGUGUAUAUGGUGAGCUGAAAAAAUUAUGUGAAUUAGAAUAUGGCCUAGGUAUUGUUACUCAAAUGAUAAAGACUGACGAGAAAUCGUAUGCACUACUGCGGAAAUAUUCAAAACUAAACAGUAUCUUACUGAAAAUUAAUACAAAACUAAAAGGCGUGAACUCGAUUCUACAAGUUCCAAAACAAAUUGAAGAGUUCUUCUCGCGUGGUCACCGAAUUAUGUAUGUUGGCAUUGACUUGAGCCAUGGUGCACCUAGCUCGAGUCGAGGGCGCUCUACCGUUGCAGUCGUCGCCUCAGCAGAUGAUAUACCUAAUCGGUAUUUCAAAGAAAUUUAUAUGCAAGAAAGACCAUCAGACGCCAAAGGUGAAAGCUGGGAGUAUGUUGUUGAUAUGAAAGAUAUCAUGAAAUCUUUAAUCAAUCAAUAUUAUGAAAAGCAUCAGGGACAACCACCAACCGCAAUUGUUAUCUAUCGUGAUGGAAUAUCUGAAAGCGAAUUUGAUACUGUUUUUGAAAAAGAACUUACAGCCAUACGAGAAGCCUGUGUGGAAUUAUCUCCUGUUUACCAUCCUCAUUUGACCUAUAUCGUCGUUAAUAAGAGACAUCAUACUCGAUUUUUUGUUCCGAAUUCGAAGGAUAAUGUGCCUGCUGGCACUGUUGUCGAUUCCCAUGAUGUAACACAUGCCACCACUUAUGAUUUUUUCCUAACUAGUCAUCAGGCACAAAAGGGAACGAGUCGUCCGACGCACUAUCACGUAUUGUAUGACGACAAUAAACUGACGCCUGAUCAAGUACAAUUAUUAACAUACAAUUUGUGUUAUGCAAGUGCUCGUUGUACUCGGUCAAUAUCGAUUCCUGCACCAGUGAAAUACGCUGACCUACUGGCCUUUCGCGCUACUUUCUACGUCGAUAUCAAUGAACCACGAAACACGGACCAACCAGCCAUCCCAAUCAAUCAAUCUACUGAGGUGUCUAGCAAAAUUUUGAGUAAACGUAUUGUUCUCAAUACCAAACUGGAUACGGAUUGUGUAUAUUUUAUAUAA